AUGCAGCAAACAACAACGAUUUCAUCAGUUCAGUACAAUUUCCAGCCCUCACCAGAGAUUUAUUCACAAUACGAGCGAAUGGGUACAGAUGCUGCUACAGACCAGCUAUGCCAAAGCAUUUCAUCUAUCACGGUUAGUGAUAAAGAAAAUGGGAUGAAUGAGGCGCAUUGGUGUUCUCCAUGUAGUCAGUACACUGAUUACACCUACACAAAUCCAGCUGAACACCAAUUGAUGGCUUGUGAUAGUUGUGUACAACAGUGCGAAGUGUCGCAUAUCAACAGCUUGAGAAAUGGUGAAUGUUGGGAUAGCUACGAAUGCUACGGUUUAAACAACAAUAUUGAAGUGGUGCAGCCGACAUUGUUCUACCUAUUGACAUCAGGUUGCAUUGCAAAUUUCGGCAAGGACGAAAAAGGCAGCAGAUUCGUGCAGGAAGAAUUUGCAAAAAGCUCGCCAGCGGUUCGUCAAAUGAUGUUUGAUUAUCUUUUCGAAAGAGGUGGAUUUGACUGGUUCUCUAAUGAUCCACACGGAAAUUUCAUCAUUCAGAGAAUCGCAAUGGAAGCUUUCCCCGGUAUAGAACAAGCUAGAGUCGCCGAGCAUGUGGCAAAUAAAGUGGUCAAAAUGUGCUCAAACCGUUAUGGAAGUAGAAUCAUGCAGCGUAUUUUCGAAAGAUUCGAUUUCGGAUACAGAGUCGAACUUCUAAACAAGCUUGGUGGGUCGGAAUGUUUCCUAGCAGUUGAUAGCCGUGCUACUCAUGUCAUGCAGAAAUUGUUUGCUCUUUUUCCACCGACAAAAUAUAGCUUCAUCGUGAUAGCGCUAACACUUUCGAAAGAGAAUUUCAAGCAAGUUGUUCAAAACAAAUAUGGAUGCCGCGUUAUUCAAUCUGCCCUGGAGGAACUUGAAAUAUCAGCAUGUACCACGCGCUAUGCUAAUAGUCCAAACGAAUUCAAGGCAGCAAGACGGCUUCUAAAUAAACUGUUGAGACGGCUAACAGAGAACUGCGUGGAAUUUACAGAUCAUCAAUUUGCAAACUACGUUAUGCAGCACGUUAUCACCUCGGAGUUCCAUCCUGAAGCUCGAGAUUACAUUAUCAAACAUGCUAUUCUAAGCAAUGUGCUAACUUUAUCGCAAGAAAAGUUCGCUUCUCAUGUCGUUGAAAAGUCGUUGAAACACGCAUCGCCAAAAUUGCUGCAUUGUUUGAUGAAUGAAAUUUUUGAUGGUUAUGUCAAAGAUGACAAAGGGCGUGAUGCGCUCGAUAUAAUGUUAUUUGAUCAAUAUGGCAAUUAUGUUGUGCAAACAAUGAUUAACGUGUCAAUUGACGUACACAAUGAUAGAUGCGAAGGUGAUUUGAUAUGGCUGGCUCGCCUUUCUGAACGAAUUUCUCGACAUGAAUCUCGACUCUUGAGAUAUUCGUCUGGUAAAAAAAUAAUCGAAAAGAUGAAACAGACCGAAUUAUUGGGAUUUUACAAUCUCAUAAAUAUCGUAAAAAAGCUGGAGUUCUAA